UGUCCAUCUGGAUUGCAUUGGGAUCGAAAACGUAAUAUUUGCAACAACCCAUCGGAAGCAAAGUGCCCUAACUGGUUCAAAUGCAUUGAGGGUACUACCAAGCCUCACCAAUGUGAAUGUAACCUAUACUAUAAGUGCAUAAAUAAUGAUUUCGUACUGCAGAAAUGCCCCAAUGGUUUGGACUGGGAUCGAAAAAAUAAUGCUUGCAGAGAUCCUAAGGAUGCAGGUUGUAGACCAGUUUGUAAAGACGGUCCGUACAAACCACACGAAAAGGAUUGCGAUAAGUAUUACAAGUGCGAAAAUGGUAAUUACGUUCCGAAAACAUGUCCAUCUGGAUUACAUUGGGAUCGACAACGCAAUACUUGCAGCAACCCAUCGGAAGCAAAGUGCCCUUACCCUCCCCCCCCUUGCACUGAGGGUUCUACCCAUCCUCAUGAGUGCCAAUGCCGAUUGUACUAUAAAUGCAAAAAUGGUGGAUUGACCUUACAGGAAUGUGAAGUCGGUAAAGAAUGGGAUCGCAUUAAUCAUAUUUGCACAGAUCCUGCUAGUGCAAAUUGUCCUAAGAGACACCCCUUUGGCUGUAAUGAAGGUUCUUAUAAAUCCGACGAUAAGGAAUGCAAUAUUUAUUACAAAUGCAUAAGUAAUAAUUAUGUUUCGAAAACAUGUACACCUGGAUUACAUUGGAAUCGAAAACGUAAUCUUUGCACUGAUCCAAUAGAUGCACGUUGUCCUACGUCACCUAUUAACCCGUGUCUAGGAGGUUUUUACAAACCCCACGAAAAGAAAUGCGAUAAGUAUUACAAGUGCGAAAAUGGUGAUUAUGUUCUGAAAACAUGUCCAUCUGGAUUACAUUGGAAUCGAAAACGCAAUCUUUGCAUUGUACCAGCAGAUGCACGUUGUCCUACGUCACCUAUUAACACGUGUCUAGGAGGUUUUUACAAACCCCACGAAAAGGAAUGCGAUAAAUAUUACACGUGUGAAAAUGGUGAUUAUGUUCUGAAAACAUGUCCAUCUGGAUUACAUUGGAAUCGAAAACGCAAUCUUUGCAUUGUACCAGCAGAUGCACGUUGUCCUACGUCACCUAUUAACACGUGUCUAGGAGGUUUUUACAAACCCCACGAAAAGGAAUGCGAUAAGUAUUACACGUGCGAAAAUGGUGAUUAUGUUCUGAAAACAUGUCCAUCUGGAUUACAUUGGAGUCGAAAACGCAAUCUUUGCAUUGUACCAGAAGAUGCACGUUGUCCUACGUCACCUAUUAACCCGUGUCCAGAAGGUUUUUACAAACCCCACGAAAAGGAAUGCGAUAAGUAUUUCAAGUGUGAAAAUAAUAAUUACGUUACGAAGACAUGUAUAUCUGGAUUACACUGGAAUCGAAAACACAAUCUUUGCACUGAUCCAGAAAAAGCAAAUUGUCUUAUCCUACGAUCAGAAAGCACGUGCGUCCAAGGUUCUACCAAGCAUCAUGAAUGUGAAUGUUCUUUCUACCAUGUAUGCAUGUAUGACCAAUGGAUUUUGCAAGUUUGUCCAAAAGGAUUAAAUUGGGAUGAAAACGCAAUAUUUGUACUCAUACAGAUUGCAUUAGAUCGUGUCCAGCAGGUCAGGAACAUCCACUUGGAGUCAAAACAUGAAAAUUUGCACGGCUUCUUAAGUUACAAGGUAUGCGUAGAGCCAGAGAAUACGAACAGCAAAGCUACAAAUGAAGAAAAUAUACCUGAGGUAUCUAUAACAGAUAACCUUUUAUCGGAAAAAGUUCCUCAAUCAUCUAGACCAGUAUAUAUAUCACCGAACAUUCCGGGUGUCCCAGAUCAUUGUCCUCCAGAUGAUUAUGGGAAACUUGUACAUUUGCCUCAUGAAACAAAUUGUUCGCUUUUUUACAAAUGCAACAAAGGUGAAAAAAUACUUCAGCGAUGUCCACCAGGUUUACAUUACAAUCCAGUGAUGCAAAUAUGCCUCACGCCGGAACAAUCAAAAUGCACCAGUAAACCAGAAAAUAAAGUAAACGGAAAUCGACAUUUAUCAGAUAUUAAGCAAUCGUUUAGAACGGCUUCUAAAUCGUCUAGACCAGUAUAUAUAUCACCGAAUAUUCCGGGUGUCCCAGAUCAUUGUCCUCCAGAUGAUUAUGGGAAACUUGUACAUUUGCCUCAUGAAACAAAUUGUUCGCUUUUUUACAAAUGCAACAAAGGUGAAAAAAUACUUCAGCGAUGUCCACCAGGUUUACAUUACAAUCCAGUGAUGCAAAUAUGCCUCACGCCGGAACAAUCAAAAUGCACCAGUAAACCAGAAAAUAAAUUAGACGGAAAUCAAUAUGUAUCAGAAAUUGAAGGACUAAAUACUGCGAUUUCUGAAUCAUCGACUCCUGCUGGACAUUCCUUCCUAACGUAA